GCAGGCGCUUGGAGCGUCUCGUUGCCAUAGCAACUUGUUGGAGAAGUCUUGCGACAUUAGUUAGUUAGUUGUUAGAGAAAUGUCUACCUCGUUGGCAAAAGAAGAAACAAAGAAAAUGCGCACCCUGGUGCUGAGACCCUCCUCCCGAACCAUGAAUACGUCCGUGUCAGGAGCACACGGACCCAACCAAAGUACCAGGCGCAGGAGCAGCAUCGUUGCUUCCCCGAGCAGGAGGCGCUUCAGUCUGGGCGGCGGUAGCAAAGUUCUGCUGGAGAAAAGCGUCAUUCAGACCCCGAGACAAGCUGCUCGAGUGUUUGAUGAAGAAGGCAAUGACGUCACUCCUCAGCCACUUUACCAGGUGGACCCAGGAGCAGUGCCCACCAAGACCAGCAGGUUCUUCGUGGAUGAAAUCUCCGUGGGCUCAAACUCAGACCAGUCGUCAGUCACUGGGAGUUUCAAUGAGCCGUUUUCCAGGUCAGUGUUGGGGAGCAGCAGAAUAUCCAGCCAGUCCACCGACGAGUCAAUAAAUGAGGAGAUUGAAGAUACGCUGUUCAAACGAGGAGUGCACCUUAGCUACCCAGAUGUGCUGGGAAAACGAGAAAUAGUGAAGGAACAAGUGACAGAAGAAAUGUUGGAUGAGGUUAUAGAUGUCUACAUAUCUGAGACAGAGAUUGUUUCACUGUUGAACAUACCCAGCACAACUGUGUCAAUUGAUGCUGAGGACGCAGAAGCAAUCACGGAGCGAAACAGUCAAUAUGCUGAAAUUUGCAGGAACAGAAUGGGGAAUGAUAAAUAUGUGGAUCGAUCUAUUCAGACAUUGAAUGGAGCAGCUAAAAGCAAACAGGUCCAGUGUGACAGCAAGAUCCUGGUGGACUCAGCCACAACUGUUACCUCCUGGGACAUGUAUGACAGCGUCGAGCAGGAUGAAACAGGGAACAGACCUGAGCAGGACAAGGCUGACUAUCUGGAGUCUGUUGUGGAAACCAAUAGGAGUAUAGAGAUGAGCAUGUCAGUGGGCAGCACAGUCAGUUCAGCCAGUGCUUCUAGCUCACUGAGGGAAGUCGACCUCUAUGGGAGCCGUGUGAAUGCUGAGUCUGAUUUGCAGCAGAUAAUGUUAUCAGAGAGGUUUCAACAGUGCUUGUUAGUGAUGGAGAGGAGCAUCCUUGGAAACAUAUUUCAUUCUAAGCUGGCCACCUACAGACAGCUGCCUAUACUAGAAGACCCAGACAGUCCAGUGAAGCAUGGGGCUGAGGAGCAAAGGAAGGGGGAUGCAGAAAGUUGUGGAUCUCCAGCUCUGGAGCAUUUGUGGGUUUUUACCUGUGAGCUGAGCAGAGGGCUCAGUAUCAGCAGCAUGGCCUGGAACAAGAAGAUCCCGGACCUUGUGGCUGUGGGGUACGGUGAGCUCCAUUCCAGUAACCAAAAACCAGGACUGGUGUGCUGCUGGUCCCUCAAAAACCUAACGUGGCCUGAACGGAUCCUCCGCUGUGACAGUGCUGUGACGUCGCUUGAUUUCUCGGCCAGCAACCCUUGUCACCUGGCUGUGGGGACGCACGACGGCAACAUCGCGAUCUACAACGUGAGUCAGGACAACAAGUUGCAUAUUGUCAGCAGCAGUGGAUGUUCCAACAAGCACUGGGGUCCAGUGUGGCAGCUCAAAUGGAGCCGACAGGAGCUGAGCCUAACGGGAGAAGAGAAGGUGGAAUCGUUGUUCUCUGUGUCUGCAGACGGGAGGAUCCGCAAAUGGUUUGUCUUCAACAACGGCCUCGACAGCUUAGAUCUGAUGAAGCUCAAAAGGUUUCAUAACACAAAGAAGAAGGGGACAGGGAACAAUGCAGAGGAGAAGGCAGAGUCUUUUCUCUCAGCACUGACUUCUGGUCUGUGUCUUGACUUUCAUUCGUUGGACUCCAGUCUUUACGUAGUUGGUACAUCAGAAGGACUCAUCCACAAAUGCUCCUGUUCUAACAAUCAGCAGUGUUUGGAGACUUAUAAGAAACAUUUUUGUCCCGUGAAUGGCGUGGCAUGGAGUCCAUUCAGUCCUGAUGUAUUUCUGAGCUGCUCCUCUGACUGGACAAUCCAGUUGUGGAAGCAGGACCACCCCAGCCCUGUGCUAAGCUUCACCUCCACCCAGUCAGCAGUCUGCGACGUCAAGUGGUCUCCAAAGUGGCCAACUGUGUUUGGAGCUGUUAAUGAUGAACAGCUGGAGAUCUGGAACCUAAGUUCUAGCAUCCUGGACCCAGUCGCUGUGCAGCCUGCUGCCCCUGGUGUAAAUAUGAAGUCACUGCUCUUUGCGACACAGACAGACUGUGUCCUGGUUGGAGACAGUGAUGGACAAGUAACUGUCUACCAGCUGAAGAACCUCAGCACGGAUGAGAGGAGCCAGGUGGACAGUCUGGAAUAUAUUAUCUCCUCUGCAAAUCAAAAAGGCAACUGAGCUUAUCAACAGUGACAAACAUUGGUGUUGUUUAACCUCGGCUCAGUUGCUGGUCUUCCUUCAAACAGCACUGGAGCUGUGACACAGAGAGACCCAGUAGUUUUAUCAUCAUGAAGAAUCUGGAUCAGUACAUCGAAUCGUUUAACGCUUCAACAGGAUACAAUUGGACAUUGUAGAUGUUCUACCACUAUGGCAAACACAAACUUUUUAAUAUCAGCAACUUUCAUUUUUUAUUUUGAAAAUAAUCUCUGCAGCAAAACUGAAGACACCUACAGUAUCACCAAUAUGUAAAACGGAGAAAAUGAUCUGCAUCCGUUAAAUCAAUCAGUGAUUAGACAGCAAGGUAAACAUCAGCAGCAAUCAUGGUUGCACAUCACAAAAGAUCAGAUUCAUAUAUAAUAAUUCCUCAAUUCAAACUGAACAGCAUUGCAUAGAGUUCAUUCAUGUUGCCAACCAUUUUUUAUUAUGUUAAGAAUUCUCAUUUGAUCCAAAUUUCUGUUAUUGUUAUAAAAUUAUUAUAAAUUAUAAACCCUAAUUCCACUUAAGACCAAUAUCAAUCCAAUAAAAACUACUGUGAUUUCUUAA